AUGUCAUUCCAAGCUAUUUCAAGAAUAGGGCUUCCUACCGUUCUCGGUAUUUCCUUAAUUUCAAUCCCAACAGCAUUAAAUGAAUCCAAACCUUCUAGAUCCUUUUAUGAACAAGAUGAUGAUUUAAACUUAUCACCAGUUAUCGAAACACAACCAGUGGAAACUAUCCCAUUAGAAAAAACUAAAACACCAAAGAAUGAUACUGAAGUUAAAUCAACAUUUAUAGAUGGUUAUAAAAUAAAUACUUCAAAUUUCUUGGAAACUCAUUUAAACACUUUAAGAUCCAAGACUAUCAAUCAACUAAACAUUGCAGAUGCUGAACUAAACAACUUGACAUCCGCUUUCAAGAAUGAAGUCAAUGCAGUAUAUUCACAUAUUUAUUCAGUUUAUGAUCCAAGGGAUCAAUUUUUACCAAGUUUUAUUUAUGCAUUAACUACAACAUUAACAGGUUCAAUACUCGUGAAUAGAAGAUCAUUACCAAUUAGAUUCGUGAGUCCUUUAUUAUUCGCUACUUUAGGUUUCAAAGUUUUCUUACCAAGAACUUUUGAUAAUACUGUUAAUGUUGUUAGAAAUUGGGAAGCUGAAUCAUAUCCAGAAUUAUUAAAUUUCCAAAGAUCAAUCAAGAAAUUCAUCAUUGUUUCUGAAGAACAAGCUAUAAAGUCUUCACAAGAUUUAAACAAUUCAUUGAUUUCUACAAUUCAUGAUCUUAGAACAAGUUUAACAAAAUGA